AUGCUCCCUGGCUACGAGGACGUGAACAUGGGUGACUUUGACAUCACUGAAGAGAAGAGCAAAUCAAUCACAAAAAGUUUCGAUCAGCUUCGACUACGAGUUCGCCAAGAAGGUCUCAUGGAUGGCAGUAUGCUAUUCUACUCCAGAAAGGUGGUAGAAUCGUUGCUGAUAAUCGCGACGGCCGUCUAUCUGCAACUUAAUGGAUGGUAUAUAACGUCAGCUGUGCUCAUGGGUCUUGCGUGGCAGCAACUCGGAUGGCUUAUCCACGAAUUCGCGCAUAAUCAGCUCUUCAAGGACCACUGGCAUAAUGAUCUUGCAAGUUAUGUCGUGGGGAAUCUUCUGCAAGGAUUCUCAUCGGGUGGGUGGAAGGAGCAGCACAACAUCCAUCACGCUGCUACCAACAUCGUCGGACGAGACGGAGAUCUCGAUCUGAUGCCGCUUUGGGCUACUGUUGUGCAAGACCUUAAGAUGGCCGAUAACUGGUGGCUCACGAUUCUGCCCUACCAGCACAUUUACUGGUCUGUGAUGUUGCCACUGCUUCGAAUAAGCUGGCUUCUACAGUCGAUUGUAUUUGUCAACGGGAUGCCGCAGCACUACUACAAGUACUAUCGGGACAGAGCUGUUUAUGAGCAGCUGUAUCUUCUUCCUUCAAUGCAAAUUAGAUUGCUUUUCUUCGCUGUUUCUCAGCUUACUGGUGGAUUUCUUCUAGCUCACGUUGUCACCUACAACCACUACUCCGUGGACAAAUUUCCAUAUACUUCCAAGAUCAUGUCCAAUUACGCCUGUCUUCAAGUGAACACGACGAGGAACAUGCGCCCUGGCAUAUUCAUUGAUUGGUUAUGGGGCGGACUCAAUUAUCAGAUAGAGCAUCACCUCUUCCCAACAAUGCCUCGCCAUAACCUCAGCAAGGUGAUGCCACUGGUGAAGCAGUUCUGCGCAGAAAACGACCUGCCGUACAUGGUUGACGACUACUUCACCGGUUGGAAGUUGGAGAUUCAACAAUUCGCCAAUGUCGCGAGAAUCGCAUCGAAGAUGAAGAGCAAAAUUCUGUAG